CUUAUUCAAGAGAUCCACAAUGUGCUAGGCCCCGAUGGCGACUUGACUUCAGAACACAUUGAUGAAAACCAAAUCAUCAAGUUGAUGGAAAAGUACAGCUCGAAUGCCGAUGACUGGAAUCGUUAUACGUUGUUUGAUCAUUCAAGAGCGUAUACGCGAAAUUUGAUCGACGACGGUAACGGCAAGUUCAAUCUGAUGAUCUUGGCGUGGAGUAAAGACCAGAAGAGCCCGAUUCACAACCAUUCAGGAUCCCAUUGCAUCAUGAAAAUCUUGGACGGUCAGCUGCAGGAAACACUAUACGACUGGCCUUCAGAAGUCGUUGCCGAAACCGAAUCCUCAUCCACAGGCGUCCCACUUCAUAUUUCCAAACAAACUGUCUAUCACCCCAAUCAAGUUACCUAUGUCCAUGAUAAUAUUGGCUUGCAUCGUAUUGCUAAUCCCAGCAAGGAACGGGGGGCUGUGUCACUGCACCUUUACGCACCACCGUACAAGGUGUGUAAGACUUUUGAGGAAAAGACCGGUCGGGCCCGAAGCUCGGGCAUUUGCACAUUCUACAGUGUAGGCGGGCGUCGUGUA